UGGGACGGUGUGAACAUAGAGAGCAGCUCUCAACAGGAGACUAAACGAAGGGAUUUCACAAAGAAGACCGAUACAAGAAUUGAAAAGGAACACUGCAAAUCGGUGAUGCUGAGAAAGGGGGAAUGGGUUUGGCUGGACUCGGGCAUCGGCGUGCCAGUUGGAGCUAAGGUCAAAGUAACGCCCAGCGGCCAGCGUUUACUGGUGGAUGAUGCGGGAAAGGAGCACAGUUUGUCACCGGAGCUAGAAGGCUCCCUCAAGAUCAUGCACCCUACGUCAGUGGAGGGGGUGGACGACAUGAUCAAACUGGGUGACAUGACGGAGGCUGGCCUACUACGAAACUUGCUGCUGCGCCACAAACAAGGAAUCAUCUAUACGUACACGGGCUCAGUUCUGGUUGCGGUGAACCCAUACCAAUUUUUCCCCAUAUAUUCAAAUGAGCAGGUAAGACUGUACCGUGGUAAAAAGCUCGGGGAACUCCCUCCACACAUCUUUGCCAUCGCCGAAUCCUGCUACUUCAACAUGAAACGCCAUCUUAGGAACCAGUGCUGCAUCAUCAGUGGAGAGUCUGGAGCCGGCAAGACGGAAAGCACCAAGUUGAUCUUGCAGUACUUGGCAGCAGUCAGCGGUGAGCUCUCUGAGCAGCAGAUUGAAAAGCAGAUCUUGGAGUCCAACCCGAUAUUGGAAGCUUUUGGUAACGCGAAGACCAUCAGGAAUGACAACUCCAGUCGUUUUGGAAAGUAUUUGGAGAUCUUCUUCAACGAGGCUGGAGUGAUUGAGGGCGCUCGUGUGGAGCAAUACCUUUUGGAGAAAUCUCGGGUCUGCCAUCAGGCCCAGGAUGAGCGAAAUUAUCAUAUCUUCUACUGCAUGCUGGCAGGAAUCACAGCAGAGGAAAGGAAAAGUCUGCAUCUAAAAAAUGCACAGGACUACAUAUUCCUCACCAAGGGCGACUGCAUCACGUGCGAAGGAAGAUCAGAUGCCGAGGACUUCAGGCGUAUUCGAUCGGCUAUGAAAAUCCUGACCUUCUCCGAUCAGCAGUGUUACGAAAUUCUCAGGCUGCUCGCGGCCAUAUUACACAUGGGAAACGUCCACUUUGAAGGAAACACCCAAAAUAACUUGGAAACCAGUGACGUCAGUAAAUCGGAACAUUUUAGCAUCGCGGCAUCUCUGCUACAGGUCACGAAUUCCGUGCUGGCUUCCAGUUUGACCCAUCGCUCUUUCAUGACCAACAGAGAGAUGGUGACCAAACCUCUCGACUGUGAGCAGGCCUCUGCAUGUCGGGACGCCUUUGUCAAGGCAAUCUACAAUAAACUCUUCAUCUGGAUUGUUGGGAAAAUCAACGGUGUCAUCCACAAAAGAAUCGCCGACUACCCCAAAUCAUCCUUUUUGUCAAUCGGCCUCCUUGACAUAUUUGGUUUUGAGAAUUUCCAUAUCAACAGUUUUGAACAGUUGUGCAUCAACUUUGCAAAUGAGAAGCUGCAGCAGUUCUUUGUGGGUCACAUUUUCAAGCUGGAGCAGAAGGAAUAUCUGAAAGAAAACAUCGUGUGGAACAACAUCAACUUUGGUGACAAUCAGAAGAUUUUGGACCUUUUGGCCGGGAAACCCUGUAACCUGCUUGCUCUGAUUGAUGAAGAGAGCCAUUUUCCUAAGGGCUCAGAUCUGACGAUGCUUAGCAAGAUGAAUGAGCGGCACCGUGGAGACAAGACCUUCAUCGCUUCUAAGAGGGAGCACGACACCGACUUUGGGAUUCACCAUUUUGCCGGCGUGGUUUAUUACGACUCCAAAGGGUUCCUUGAGAAGAAUAGAGAUGGCGUAAGCUCUGACAUCUUCAACAUGGUUGACAUGUCCACCAACAAGCUGCUUCAGCAUAUUUUCGCGGCAGAGUUUUCAAUCAACGGCUUGAAAUUGACGAAAAACAAGAGGGUCCUGAUCACACCCAAGAAUUCCAUGCGGUCCCCUGCUGACACCCGCAAGCAAGUGCCAACCCUCAGUGGUCAGUUCCGGCAGUCCCUGGAUGCCCUCAUGAAAGCUCUCUCUGUCUGCCAACCGUACUUCAUCCGCUGCUUCAAACCAAACAACAACAAGCAGUCUGAGGACUUUGACCGAGAACUUUGUAUGCGUCAGCUGAGAUACUCCGGCAUGAUGGAUACCAUCCGCAUCAGGAAACUGGGCUACCCCGUUCGCCACACCUUUGCCGAGUUCUUGACUCGCUACAGAGUGCUCCUGAAGACGGCCAUCUGUGACCCCAAAACAAACUCAGCUGCUGCCUGUUGUGACGCCAUCUGCCAGACGGCGUUGGCAAGAACCGAAGAGUGGAAAAUCGGGAAGACCAAGAUUUUCCUGAAGGAUGCUCACGAUGCUGUCCUGGAACGGCUGAGGGAAAAUGAACUCAGCGCGAAAGCUCUUGUGAUCCAGCGAUUCAUGCUGGGAUACAAGCACAGAAAGUCGUUUCUGAAGAAGCGGAGGGCGGCUGUCGUCCUGCAGAAAAACUGGAGAGCUUACAGGGAAAACAAAUCAGGACAAAAGCUCCUGCAAGGUUUUGAACGCCUGGUGUCAAAGCUCCGUGGUCGAAAGCUUCAGUCUCAGUAUCAAAGGCAGCGAGCAGCAGCGCUCACCUUACAGACGCACGUACGCGGUUACCAGGCAAGGAAGAGUUGGAAGCGGAAAAGAGAGGCAGUCAUACUGCUGCAGGCUUACACCAGAGGAGUCCUGGCAAGACGAUUAUUUUCAGGAAUGAGGAUUGAGGGCCUUCCUGAAUCGCAUGCACCGUAUGCACCAGAGGAGCAUGUGACCGAAGAUGACAUUCCCCUGGAGCUUCAGCGCAGACUCGAAGAAGUCAUCAUAGAGGCUCAGCAAGCUCAGGAGGAGCUUGAGUCAGUCACUGAGAUGGAUUUGGAGGACGAUAAAAGAAAUGUCCUUUCCGUACCUCUCGUGACAGUUACACCGUGUGAAGAAUUGGAAUCGGAGGAAAUUGAGAGAGUGGAGACCAGGUCUGAGAUAAGCAUCGCCGCCUCAGACACAACCAGCCGGAGUCUGUCAAUCGACGAAGAGGAAGAUGAGUUUGAAGAUUUCACAGAGGAGUAUUCGUUCUACAAGUUUAGUAUCCUUCACUUCCAGGGUGAUGCGAGCCACACGCACAUAAAUCAGAGACUCCGGAAGCCUCUUCUGCAACACGACGAUGAGAGCGACACACUGGCCUGUCUGACCGUCUGGUGGAUUAUAUUACGAUUCAUGGGGGACAUGCCGGAGCCCAGAUCUCAGGAUGCGACUUCUCAGAUCUCGAUCAGCAUUUCUCGCCAUCUGCCUCAAAGGCAGAACAGGAGACUGAGCAACCUGGUGGGACUCGACCAGAAAAUACUCAGGAAGAACAAGAAAAAGCACGGAAACAGGAAACCCUCGGCUAUUCUUGAGGAGCCGGAGAGCUUCACAGAGGAUGAGGAUGUUUUGAUUGGAGAAGGUCCGACAUUGGACAGGCCGCUUUCCCCUCUGGAAAAACUGCACAUCAUUGUUGGAUAUGCGCUCUCCAAACGAGACAUCAGAGACGAGAUUUACUGUCAGAUCUGUAAGCAGCUGAUGAACAAUAAAAACAGAGCGAGCCGCCUGCAAGGAUGGGCCCUACUCUCCAUCUGUCUGGGGAUCUUCCCCCCGACAGACCUCUUCAUCAAGUAUUUGGAGACCUUUAUCCGCAAGGGGCCAAAUGGUUAUGCAGAAUAUUGUAAGGAGCGCAUGCAUCGCAUUCAAGCCAAUGGAGAGAGAAAAGAGCUUCCCUGCUGGAAGGAAUUACAGGCCGUCAAAGCUUUGGAGCCUAUAGAAAUGACUGUGACUCUGACAGAUGGCAGUCAUGUCAGCCUGCAGCUGGACUCUGCCUCCACCUCUGCAGAGGUCUGUCAAGCUGCGGCUGACAAGAUUAAUCUGCGAGACACAUAUGGAUUCUCCCUCUACAUUCGUCUCUUUGAUAAAAUGUGGUCUCUGGGCAGCUGUGGGAAGCAUGUGCUGGAUGCUGUGUCUCAGUGCGAGCAGGAGAUGAGACGACAGGGCAAGCAGGAGAAGGACACCCCUGUGCAGUUCGCAGUCCGCAAAGAGCUGUUCACGCCCUGGCACAACUGCGCUGAAGACUCCGUCAGCACGGAUCUCAUCUACAAGCAGGUCAUUCAGGGCCUCAAGUCAGGAGAGUACACGAGUGAGAAGGAGGAUGAAUAUAUCCAGCUGGCAACAAAACACUAUUACAUCCAGUUUGGCCCGACAUACAGCAAAGAGAAUGUGCAGAGGGUGGUUGAGGACUGCAUUGCUAUACCUCUGAUCGAGAACAAAUCCAUGGCCAAGUGGAUUCAGCUCAUCAGCUCAGCGUACUUGCAGGGUGAUUACACAAAGGGGACCAUGAGCAAAGAGAGUGUGAAAGGAGAACUUGUUGACUGUGCUCGAGUGGACUGGCCAAUCCACUUCUCCAAGUUUUAUGAAGUUACAAUGGUGUCAGGACCUACUUUGCCCAAAAGCAGGUUUGUUGUGGCUGUAAACUGGAGUGGCAUCUUCUUCAUGGAUGGGAGAGACAAGAAACUCCUUGAGCUGCCUUACCUGGAGGUAAAAGAAGUCAGAAAGUUGAGUGAGCAGUCGGUGAGUGUAUCCACAGUUGGAGGUGAAUAUGUGCUCAUGUGUGGCGAAGCUGAUGACAUGGCUGCGCUUGUCGAGCAAAACUUGAGUGGACUACGAGCCCGUUCGAUGUUUGCGCUUGCCCAGCAGGAUUCCAAUAAAUCAGAUGAUCCCCGAUUCUUGAGCUAUAAACAAGGAGACCUCUUGUUGAUAGAAAUUGAUCAGGAGUAUUCCUCUGACAAGAACAUGGUCAAAGCUACAAAUCAGAAGACAAAUAUCAGCGGUGCCAUCAAUAAGGAUGCGUUGCAGUUUCUCCCAACUCUCAGCAGACCCACUGAGGACGUGCUGGAGCUGCUCAGUCCAGGCCAGAGGAAAUCAUCUGUUACACAAAGUGGGCCCCAAAGAGAAGAAGCAGUUGCUCCUGUCUCUUUAAGAGAGUUUGCGCUUGACCAUUUUAGACCUCUAGGUAAGGAAAGGCUGUGGGUGUGUUCAAGAGAACCGCUGAAGCAGCCACUCAUGAAGAGUCUGAUCCGCAACUCUGAGCUGAACUCCUUCGCCUGCAGUGCCUUCACUGCCAUUUUGAAGUACAUGGGUGACUACCCCAUCAAACAGGUUCGCAGUCCGUUAGAGUUGACCGACCAGAUCUUUGGCCCUGCAACGCAACACGAGCUUCUGCAGGAUGAGAUCUACUGCCAGAUCAUGAGACAGAUGACCAGUAACAACAACAGGUUGAGCAUGGAGCGCGGGUGGCAGCUGAUGUGGUUGUGUUCGGGCUUGUUUCCGCCCAGUCAGUUUUUGAUGAGGCAUGCUCAACGUUUCCUGGAGUCACGACGCAGAGAACCCCUGGCUAUGGGAUGUCUCCAGAGGCUGCAGCAGAUGCGCAGUAAGGAGCCCAGGAAACGUCCGCCACCUUUGGUCGAAGUAGAGGCCAUCGGGCAGAACAGCACCCACAUUUUCCACAAAAUUCACCUCCCAAAUGACACCAACGAGCUUUUCGAGGUGACAUCCACGACCACAAUCCAAGAUCUUUGCUACAGUAUCGCAUCUCAGCUAAAACUGAGCUCGCCCGAUGGCUAUGGCCUCUAUUUGAAAACGCCAAAUAAGAUGCUGAGCUUGGCUGAGCAGACGUAUUUGUUUGACAGUUUACGGGAGGCAUCCGAUGUUUCAAAGAAAGGGAAAAAAGUCAGAGAAGGUAAAAGAUCACCAAGACGCGUUGUUUUAAUUCCGGAUUUUCUCAGCUUCCCCGAUGGUUUCGAAUUGACAUUUUCCUCACCAGGCCCCUUAGCCUACGCGCUGAUUUUUAAGAGGAAGCUCUGGUUCAACGUGAUACCAGGCAAAGACUUGGUUGCCGACCUCACCUUCCAUUUCCCACAGGAGCUGCCGAAAUAUCUCAUGGGCUAUCACAACUGCAGCAAGGAGGACAUGAUCAAGCUCGGUGGCCUGCUUUUCAGAGCCAAAGUGGACUCCGACAGGUCACAGUUUGUCAUGAUCCCCAAAAUGUUGAGAAACUUGGUCCCCGCCGACCAGAUCAAAAGUGCCUCCCCUGAGGAAUGGAAGAAGCACAUCAUGUCGUCCUACAACAAGCAGAGUGGCAUCACGGUGGAGGAAUGCAAAAUCGCCUUCCUGCAAGCCAUAUCGACCUGGCCGACCUUCGGCUGUACCUUCUUUGAAGUUAAACAAACAUGCGAGUCAAGCUACCCGAGUACCGUUUGGAUUGCCAUCAGCAAGCAAGGUGUAAGCUUAAUCGACCCAAAGUCAAAGGAGUUGCUGGUCAUGCACCCGUUCAGUCGCAUCACGGAGUGCCACAGCGUCGGCAACUUCUUCCAGAUGACCAUCGGCACCGUGGUCCGAGGGAACGUCUUUGUCUGUGAAACCUCACAGGGUCACACAAUGGAGGACCUUCUAAGAUCAUACGUCCGGAUGUACGAAAGGCAAAGACAGGCCUUUCGAUCCAAAAACCACAUGUUUACCUGAGCUUCUGUCAUGACCGUAAUUAAGAUCAGAUGAGGAUCCAGACUUCAUAAUAAGGGAAGAAUAUUUAAGGUUUAUUUUGUAUUUUUCAUCAGGGUAAUUCCAAUUCGUAUACUGUCAUUUUGAGAAGAAAAAAAUAAUUUAUAUAUAUAUAUAUAUAUAUAUAUAUAUAAAUAUACUGUAUGUUGCUGUACAGACUCACUGUAGCAAGACCAUAAAUUAUGAAAACAAACAUUGU